GUCGUUGUACACUUUGGCUAUAUUACCUGGCCACAUCACUUCUAGGUCUUAAGUCUCUUGCCCCUCUCGGCUCUACCUCUGUAUCCUAAAAGUACGGUCAAUCGUUUUCUUCCCAAUUUCAAGAUCUUCAUCAAAAUGUCGGACGCCGGUGGAGAUCACGUAUCGCAAUCCAAGCCAUAUCCGGAGGCACAGAUCAGAGAACGCAUAUCAGGCCCUGGAAACUCUUCAAACCACCACAAUUGCCCGCCUUCUCCGUCCAUCAAUGCCAACCGACAACCCAUAUCCAGCGAUGGGGAAGAUAACAACUACUUCAGCGGCCCUCGGGAUCUUCAAAGACACUCCAAAUGGCCCCUUAUCCUACAGCUGCAUGGGUCCAUCAUGCCCUCGCUGAUCCUUCCGCUCUUGCUCGUUGCCUGCUGGGCAACUGCUAUUACCGUCAUCUCCAAAAAGGUCCAUGACCUGAGCGUUAACUCUGUUCUGCUCACCAUUCUCGGUUUUGUUGUCGGUCUGAGCCUUUCAUUCCGAUCGUCUACAGCCUAUGAACGCUAUGCUGAGGGUCGUCGAUACUGGGGAACGUUGGCCACUGCAUCUCAGACUCUUGGCCGUAUCAUCUGGAUCCAUGCUGAUGACAGCAGUCCUGGCGGCCGAGACCCUCGCGAACUUCUCAUUAAGAAGCUUGGGGCCUUGAAACUCAUUGCCGGUUAUGCCGUUGCCCUCAAACACACCCUCCGCUUCGAACACUGCGCCAGUCAACCUGACAUGCAACCCUACAUCGCACAUCUUGAUACGUUUGCUGGAAAGACAACCGCGCCGACGAAGCAGGUCACAAACUUCAGCAAGUUUGCCGGCGAGUACCUUGGUCUCUCCUUUGCUCAAAGUGACCCUCGAAAGCACCUCAAGAGAGCCGAGGAGCAUCAAGGAAACCUUCCUCUUGAGAUCUUGAACCACCUGGCAAUGGCUCUCGACUCCAUCAUCGCCAACAAACAGUUACCAGUCUCAAUUCAUCAGACCAUCGCUUACAAUCAUCUUACCAGUCUUAACGACGUUGCAGUCGGUUGCGAUCGUGUCCUCAACACCCCUUUGCCCAUCGCAUAUACCAUUGCCAUCAGCCAGAUUACUUUUGUGUAUGUCAUGCUCUUGCCGUUCCAGUUGACUGGCCCACUUGGCUGGAUUGCUAUCCCCGCUACUAUCACAGCGGCUUAUAUUAUCUUCGGCUUGUUAUUCAUUGGCCAAGAAAUCGAAAAUCCUUUUGGUCGUGAUGUCAACGAUCUGCCUCUUGACGUCUUUUGCGAACAAAUUGCAAACGAUCUAGACAUCACUGCCUCCUUUGACCGACACGCAUCUGAUCACUUUCUACUGGGGGGAGCGCCAUUGCACCCUGUCAGCUGUGCUGUAGGCCAUACUUGGAUGGAUCGUAGUGAAGAAAAGCUCAGAGAGUCUAUUAGAAACAAACCUCAUGUUCUUUUCAGUUGGCGGCGCCAGGGUGGUCUUAGGUUAUCUGCUCGAGACAACAAGACUAAGGAAGUGGAUAGGGAUAUGGUUUAAUGUGGUAGAGUGUGCCAAAAGUGGUGGAAAUUCUUCGAGAUGAGCAAAAUGUGAUAUUAUGUACAGUUUCAUAGAAGUAACUUUCUGUUCUACGGAGUCUUUGGACAGCCUUUCUGGAAUAAAUCUUUCGCGGUGUUGAAUAAACCUCUGAUUUUCACUUCAUCCAAG